AAGAACAACAAGAUGGCGCAAAUAAGAAGUUGUUGAGCUGUUGAGAGUUUUGUCUAAACGAGUUUCUCAAUGAUCAGUUAAUCCUGCUGAAGAAACAUCGACAGACUUUUAAGAAAUCAUCGUCAAGUCGGAGGAAGAGAUGGAUGAUCAUCGCAGACUGCUGGAUUUCUCCCGGAGGCCCCAGAUAAUCUUACACCGAAUAGAUUGCCUGCAACAUAACGUUUCUGAGGAGCAGAUAUGUAACCAGGAGAGGAGCUUCACUCUGGACAAGGACGAGUUAGAACCUCUGCAGGUGAAACAAGAACAGGAAUGGCCUGAAAAUCUGCAGAUAAAAGAAGAGCAGGAGGUUCUAGAGCAUCAGCAGAUAAAAGUGGAUGAGAAAGAAGAUUACAACAGUCAGGGUGAUAAGCAGCUUGAGCUAAAACAAGAGACAGAUACCAGCAUGGUGGUUCCUAUUUCCGAGACAACAUACCACACUGAAUCAGAAGCAAACAAGAAACAAGACAUCUUCCAGGAAGCUGCUGAUUCUGAGGACCAAAAUCAGGAAAGAAGAAAACCUUUCUCAUGUGCCAUAUGUAAAAAACGUUUCACUUUCAAAUCUGCUUUUGAGCCUCACAUGAGAACUCAAUCUGGUGAAAAGCCGUUUUCAUGUGUGACCUGUGGAAAAAGUUUUAGUCAAAAACGGAAUUUAACUCAGCACAUGAUGAUUCACACUGGUGAAAAGCCGUUUUCAUGUGUGAACUGUGGAAAAAGUUUUACUCUAAACCAGGAUUUAACUCAGCACAUGAUGAUUCACACUGGUGAAAAGCCAUUUUCAUGUGUGAACUGUGGAAAAAGUUUUCGUCGAAAACCGCAUUUAUCUAAGCACAUGAUGAUUCACACAGGUGAAAUGCCAUUUUCAUGUGUGAACUGUGGAAGAAGUUUUAGUCGAAAACGGAAGUUAACUCGGCACAUGAUGAUUCACACUGGUGAAAAGCCGUUUUCAUGUGUGAACUGUGGAAAAAGUUUUCGUCAAAAACGGGAGUUAACUGAGCACAUGAUGAUUCACACUGGUGAAAAGCCGUUUUCAUGUGUGAACUGUGGAAGAAGUUUUACUGUAAAACAGGGUUUAACUCAGCACAUGAUGAUUCACACUGGUGAAAAGCCGUUUUCAUGUGUGAAUUGUGGAAAAAGUUUUAGUCGAAAAUGGGAGUUAACUCAGCACAUGAUGAUUCACACUGGUGAAAAGCCGUUUUCAUGUGUGAACUGUGGAAAAAGUUUUAGUCGAAAAUGGGAGUUAACUCAGCACAUGAUGAUUCACACUGGUGAAAAGCCGUUUUCAUGUGUGAACUGUGGAAAAAGUUUUCGUCGAAAACCGCAUUUAUCUAAGCACAUGAUGAUUCACACAGGUGAAAUGCCAUUUUCAUGUGUGAACUGUGGAAAAAGUUUUAGACAAAAACAGGUGUUAACUAAGCACAUGAUGAUUCACACUGGUGAAAAGCCAUUUUCUGGUGUGAACUGUGGAAAAAGUUUUAGUCAAAAACAGGAGUUAACUCGGCACAUGAUGAUUCACACGGGUGAAAAGCCGUUUUCAUGUGUGACCUGUGGAAAAAGUUUUAGUCGAAAACGGGAUUUAACUCGGCACAUGAUGAUUCACACUGGUGAAAAGCCGUUUUCAUGUGUGAACUGUGGAAAAAGUUUUAGUCGAAAACGGGAUUUAACUCGGCACAUGAUGAUUCACACUGGUGAAAAGCCGUUUUCAUGUGUGAACUGUGGAAAAAGUUUUAGUCGAAAACGGGAUUUAACUCGGCACAUGAUGAUUCACACUGGUGAAAAGCCGUUUUCAUGUGUGAACUGUGGAAAAAGUUUUAGUCAAAAACAGGAGUUAACUCGGCACAUGAUGAUUCACACUGGUGAAAAGCCGUUUUCAUGUGUGAACUGUGGAAAAAGUUUUAGUCGAAAACGGAAGUUAACUCGGCACAUGAUGAUUCACACUGGUGAAAAGCCGUUUUCAUGUGUGAACUGUGGAAAAAGUUUUCGUCAAAAACGGGAGUUAACUGAGCACAUGAUGAUUCACACUGGUGAAAAGCCGUUUUCAUGUGUGAACUGUGGAAAAAGUUUUCGUCGAAAACCGCAUUUAUCUAAGCACAUGAUGAUUCACACUGGUGAAAAGCCGUUUUCAUGUGUGAACUGUGGAAGAAGUUUUACUGUAAAACAGGGUUUAACUCAGCACAUGAUGAUUCACACUGGUGAAAAGCCGUUUUCAUGUGUGAAUUGUGGAAAAAGUUUUAGUCGAAAAUGGGAGUUAACUCAGCACAUGAUGAUUCACACUGGUGAAAAGCCGUUUUCAUGUGUGAACUGUGGAAAAAGUUUUAGUCGAAAAUGGGAGUUAACUCAGCACAUGAUGAUUCACACUGGUGAAAAGCCGUUUUCAUGUGUGAACUGUGGAAAAAGUUUUCGUCGAAAACCGCAUUUAUCUAAGCACAUGAUGAUUCACACUGGUGAAAAGCCGUUUUCAUGUGUGAACUGUGGAAGAAGUUUUACUGUAAAACAGGGUUUAACUCAGCACAUGAUGAUUCACACUGGUGAAAAGCCGUUUUCAUGUGUGAAUUGUGGAAAAAGUUUUAGUCAAAAACAGCAUUUAACUCGGCACAUGAUGAUUCACACUGGUGAAAAGCCGUUUUCAUGUGUAACCUGUGGAAAAUGUUUUUGUCACAAGGUGAGUUUAAUUCAUCACAUGAGGCGUCACGUAGGUAAAAAGCAGUAGAAGUAUUUUCCAUACAUGUCCUAUGUUGAGGUUCACUAUGGAAUUGUUCUGUUUAUGAACUAGAAUAAAUGACUGGAGGAGUUUCAUGUCGAUAAACCUUAAAAUUUUUCUAUUUGUUAAAUGUUCACAUUUGGAUACUUGGAGAUGUGCCACCAUGACACAUUUUCCUGUGGAGAUGCUUUGUUUAUUUUGGGUUUUUUUUGCAUAUUCUGUAUCAAAAAACAAUAAUGAUAAACUGUAUGUUAUUGUAUUAACAUGCUGUUUAUGUCAAAAUGUAUGUUAAAUGUGCACAACGUGAAGAGCAGAGGGCUCAGCACACAGCCCUGAGGAGUGCCAGUACUGAUGCUGAUAGAUGAAGAGGCUUGGGG